UAAAUAUUUUAUUAUUACUAAACUGAAGUGUUUUAAAACAGAUGGAUCAUCUAGUACAAAAUGCAAUAUUUAUAAUGUAAAUAAUUAUUUGGAAUUAAUAAAAUCGAAAUUUCUAAUAUAAAGUUACGUAAAAUAUUUUAAGAAAAUAUUUAAGAACAUUAUUCGUGCAUUUGUGGAGACGACGAUAGCGUGUGGUUUGGAGAGAAAUAUCGGGCAACGGAACACAAUGGAACACAUAUCAGCCUUAAUUAGCCCAAAAAGCACGGGUCUAGUUUUUUGCAUGAUUGGUGCAAAUUGAAAAAAACAACAUAACCGCUGAUGGAAUUACGGAGUUUGAUAUAAAAUAGACUGUGUCGCUCCUCGUUACGGACUAACUUUGCAUAGAUAGAUAACAAACGCGUGUGCGAGCUGCAUGGAAAAUGAGACAAGUUAGACGCGGACGUCACGCAAAGAAUUGAACCCGAGUUAAUCUGUGACUGGAGCCAAAUUGAUGUAGCGAUAUGAUUAAUUUUCCAGGAUUAUAAUAUUUUGACGAGGUUGUUUACGUAGAUAAUGAAUAUAUAAUGAUUUGUUUACGUUUUGCUGUAUGGAAUUUGUGUUGGAUGUUAUGAGCAAAUGGAUUGGAUUACGCUUUUGUAUUAUAUCCAAAUUAAUAUUGUGUGAGUGCUAUUAAUAUAAGAAAACGAAAUUUAAAGAAAUUAAAAUAUUGUCGUUGUCUUGAUAAAAGCGAAACGUGAAAUAAAUUGAAAAUAACAUUCAUUUUUAAGUUUGGAAACAAAAUGAAUGUCUCUACAGUAGCUUAUGGCGAUACAUUUUACAACAUAGAUUAUGAACAAUUCGGUGAAAUAUUAAAACAACUGCGAAAUGGGAGUUUACGGAAUUUAACGAGGGACGAUUUGGGACAUUUUUCCGGGAUUUUACCAAAGUCUCAUAUAAAUCACGCGUCUCAAAGGUAUCGCGAUGUUUGGGAUUACCUGGAAGACGCGCUGGGUCCGAGACGAGGGCCCUUUGGGGCCGUAGUGGCCAUUACUUGCGUGUAUUGCCUCAUAUUUUUAUCGGGCUUAUUUGGAAAUAUUUGUACCUGCUUAGUUAUCGCCAAAAACAAAUACAUGCACACUGCUACUAACUACUACCUUUUCAACCUGGCAGUAGCCGACUUGGUACUCCUUAUCAUCGGUCUUCCACCAGAGACCUACUCCAUAUGGUCAGCUUACCCUUGGAUAUUUGGUAAGGUGUUCUGUGUCGCGAGGACCAUGAUGGCCGAAAUGUCUACCAACGCCAGCAUUUUAACCAUCACCGCGUUUACUAUUGAAAGGUACGUAGCUAUCUGUCACCCAAUGAAAGCGCACACAAUGUCUGGAUUGAAGCGAGUUGUCCGAAUCAUUGUUCUUGUCUGGCUCCUAGCCGCCGUGUCCUCCAUCCCGCUCACCCUGCAGUUCACAGUUGUUUAUGCCGUCGACCACUGGAAUAGAACAAUCCCUGAGUCUGCCUAUUGUGGUAUCGGGGAGAAUAACCAUAUCGAAACGACCUUCGAACUUUCUACGUUUGUUUUCUUUGUGUUUCCCAUGACACUGGUGACGGUCAUGUAUUCUAUGAUUGCAAUUGCAAUUCGAAAGUCAGGGUUCAUCCGAGAUGGCUCAGAUGUGUCACACCGAGAACGAUUAACUAGGACAGAUAUGCGCGCGCAACAACAGUCACGUGCACGACAAUCAAUUCUGAAAAUGCUCGUGGCGGUGGUUGUGGCAUUUUUCGUUUGUUGGGCGCCAUUCCACGGCCAGAGGCUCAUGACACUAUAUAUUCCUGCCUCGAAAUGGACAGAUAAUCUUCUUGACCUUCAUAAAAUAAUCUAUUAUAUCUCGGGCGUCUGUUAUUUUGUCAGUUGCACAAUAAAUCCGAUUCUUUACAGUAUCAUGUCACUGAAGUUCCGACAGGCCUUUAAGCAAACGGUCCUUAAACCAAAUUGUUGCAGACAAAGAGUGCUUUCGACGAAAAAACGAACCUUCUUUUCUUAUAGAUUUUCACCUAAGAACGGUUAUUCUGAAACAAGUUUUACAUCAGUGGACACGUCUACACCUCGAGGAAACAAAGAACAUAAUUCCGACCAUAGUCCUAAAACAAAGCGUAAACAAGGAAACACCUCAAGUGGUCGAGGUGAGAGCAUCGAAGAUACUAGUAGAUGUCGAUCGGUCGGAUCACCUCUAAAAGAGGCGAUACAGGAUGUUUAAGAAGAUUGUGAACAACAUUGUUAACUGUGUGUCAUUUUAAAGUAAUAAUUGUGUUAAUUGCAUAUUUUGUUGUUUGACUUCGCUUAAAAAAGAUAACAUUUAAAAUAUUUCUGAAUCGAAAUUA